AUGAAGGCCUCCAACAACAAUGACGAGGCCAUUGAAGACGGCGUCGACACCCAUACGCGAAACACUGUUCACGAACGUCUACGCGCCAACUCUUCGGUCAUGAAGGCCAAGAAGAUUCUGGUUGCCAACCGUGGUGAAAUUCCCAUCCGUAUCUUCCGUACCGCACACGAGCUUUCGCUGCAGACAGUAGCCGUGUACAGUCACGAGGACCGUCUGUCUAUGCACAGACAAAAGGCCGAUGAAGCUUAUGUCAUUGGCAAGAGAGGAGAAUACACACCUGUCGCUGCCUACCUGGCCAGCGACGAGAUCGUCAAGAUCGCAAAGGCACACAAUGUCAACCUCAUUCAUCCUGGUUAUGGUUUCUUGAGUGAGAACGCCGACUUCGCUCGUAAGGUCGAGGCUGCUGGCAUGAUCUUCGUUGGCCCUACACCAGACACCAUUGAUGCUCUCGGUGACAAGGUCUCAGCUCGUGAGCUCGCCAUCAAGUGCAAGGUUCCCGUUGUCCCCGGUACCGACGGCCCCGUUGAGAAGUUCGAGGAAGUCAAGGGCUUCACUGAUAAGCACGGCUUCCCCAUCAUCAUCAAAGCUGCCUUUGGCGGUGGUGGUCGUGGUAUGAGGGUCGUCUGGAAGCAAGAGGAGCUCAAGGAGGCUUUCGAGCGUGCUACAUCCGAGGCCAAGUCUGCCUUUGGUAACGGUACCGUCUUCGUUGAGCGCUUCCUGUACCGCCCCAAGCACAUUGAAGUUCAACUUCUUGGUGACAGCCACGGAAAUGUCGUCCACUUGUUCGAGCGUGACUGCAGUGUCCAGAGACGUCACCAAAAGGUCGUCGAGCUUGCUCCCGCAAAGGACUUGCCUGAGGAGACCCGCCAGGCCAUCUUGAACGACGCAGUCGCUCUUGCCAAGUCGGUCAACUACCGCAACGCUGGUACCGCGGAGUUCUUGGUUGACCAGGAGAACCGCCACUACUUCAUCGAGAUCAACCCAAGAAUCCAAGUCGAGCACACCAUCACUGAGGAAAUCACUGGUAUCGACAUCGUCGCUGCUCAAAUCCAGAUCGCCGCAGGUGCAUCGCUUGAGCAGCUGGGUCUUACUCAGGACCGCAUCUCUGUCCGCGGUUUCGCCAUUCAAUGCCGUAUUACUACCGAGGACCCUACUAAGGGCUUCCAGCCUGAUACUGGCAGAAUCGAAGUCUACCGUUCCGCUGGUGGUAACGGUGUAAGAUUGGACGGAGGUAACGGAUUCGCUGGCGCUGUCAUCACCCCUCACUACGACAGCAUGUUGGUCAAAUGUUCAUGCCAUGGAUCUACUUACGAGAUCGUCCGCAGAAAGAUGCUUCGUGCACUGGUUGAGUUCAGAAUCCGUGGUGUCAAGACCAACAUUCCCUUCUUGGCUUCUCUCCUUACUCACCCUACCUUCAUCUCUGGUGAAUGCUGGACUACUUUCAUCGAUGAUACUCCCGAGCUGUUCGCCCUGGUCAACAGUCAAAACCGUGCCCAGAAGCUUCUCGCUUACCUUGGUGACCUUGCCGUCAACGGCAGUCAGAUCAAGGGUCAGAUUGGUGAGCCCAAGUUUAAGGGCGACGUUAUCGUUCCCACUCUUCACGAUGAGCAGAAGAACGUUCUUGAUGUUUCGGAGCCUUGCACCAAGGGUUGGAGAAGCAUCAUUGUUGAGCAGGGCCCUGAAGCCUUUGCCAAGGCUGUCAGAGCUAACAAGGGCUGUCUGAUCAUGGACACCACCUGGAGAGAUGCUCACCAGUCUCUUCUUGCUACCAGAGUCCGUACCGUCGACUUCCUCAACAUUGCCAAGGAGACUAGUUACGCUCUUAGCAACGCCUGGGCUCUCGAGUGCUGGGGUGGUGCCACUUUCGAUGUCGCCAUGCGCUUCCUCUACGAGGACCCCUGGGACAGACUUCGCAAGAUGAGAAAGGUUGUGCCCAACAUUCCUUUCCAGAUGCUUCUGCGUGGUGCCAACGGUGUUGCUUACUCAUCGCUUCCCGACAACGCCAUCACUCACUUCUGUGAGCAAGCAAAGAAGAACGGUGUUGACAUCUUCCGUGUCUUUGAUGCACUGAACGACGUUGAGCAGCUUGAGGUCGGUGUCAAGGCUGUCCUCAAGGCUGGUGGUGUUGCCGAGGGUACUGUCUGUUACUCGGGUGACAUGCUCAACCCCAGUAAGAAAUACAACCUCGAGUACUACAUGGGUGUCGUCGAGAAGAUUGUCAACAUGGGUGCUCACAUUCUUGGUAUCAAGGACAUGGCAGGUGUCCUGAAGCCUAGAGCUGCCACGAUGCUCAUCGGCUCGAUCAGAAAGAAGUACCCUGACCUCCCUAUCCACGUCCACACUCACGACUCGGCCGGUACUGGUGUUGCUUCCAUGGUUGCUUGCGCCCAGGCCGGCGCUGACGCCGUUGAUGCUGCCACUGACAGCAUGUCUGGUAUGACUUCUCAGCCCAGCAUUGGUGCUAUCGUUGCAUCGCUUGAGGGCAGCGAGUUCGACCCCGGUCUCAACGCUCACCACUUGAGAAUGAUCGACCACUACUGGGCCCAGCUUCGUCUUCUCUACUCACCUUUCGAGGCCGGUCUCACUGGUCCCGACCCUGAGGUUUACGAGCACGAGAUUCCUGGUGGUCAACUCACCAACCUCAUCUUCCAGGCCUCUCAGCAAGGUCUUGGUGAGCAGUGGGCACAGACCAAGAAGGCCUACGAGCAAGCCAACGAUCUGCUUGGCGAUAUUGUCAAGGUCACUCCUACCUCCAAGGUCGUCGGUGAUCUUGCUCAAUUCAUGGUCAGCAACAAGCUGAGCUACAAUGACGUUCUUGAGAAGGCCGAGCAGCUCGACUUCCCCUCAUCGGUCCUUGAGUUCUUCGAGGGUCUUAUGGGACAGCCUUACGGUGGUUUCCCUGAGCCUCUGCGCUCCCAGGCUCUCCGCGACCGCAGAAAGAUGGACAAGAGACCCGGUCUCUACCUCGACCCUGUCAACUUCGACGAGGUCCGCAACAAGCUCAAGGAGCAGUUCGGCAGUUACACCGAGACUGACGUCGCAUCGUAUGUCAUGUACCCCAAGGUCUUUGAGGACUUCAAGAAGUGGACUCUGAAAUUCGGAGACCUUUCGGUACUGCCUACAAAGUACUUCUUGGCCAAGCCCGAGAUUGGUGAGGAGUUCCACGUCGAACUUGAGAAGGGCAAGGUGCUCAUUAUCAAGCUUCUGGCGAUCGGCCCCCUUUCUGAGCAGACUGGUCAAAGGGAAGUCUUCUACGAAAUGAACGGUGAAGUCCGUCAAGUGACUGUUGACGACCAACAUGCCGCUGUCGAGAACAAGUCUCGCAAGAAGGCCGACCUUGGCGACAGCAGCCAGGUCGGUGCCCCCAUGAGUGGUGUCGUUGUUGAGCUCAGAGUCAAGGAGGGCGCCGAGGUCAACAAGGGUGACCCCAUCGCCAUUCUGAGCGCCAUGAAGAUGGAGAUGGUCAUCAGUGCGCCUCACUCCGGUAAGGUCGGAGAGCUCAGUGUCAAGGAGUCCGACUCUGUCGACGGACAGGAUCUCAUCUGCAAGAUCGUCAAGUAA